CAAGUGACCAAAGGGUGGCGCCGGCGCAGACUCAUCAGCAGUUAGAGAACAGCAAAAUCAAUCUGGAUAAUAAAGAACUUAAAUCUACCCGUCAUCAAAAAGAUCUCACUGUAGGUAAAUCGCCCCCUAAACAAAAAGAUCAGACCCUGUUAGUGUCUGAAAGCUGCCCUAAGAGCCCUAAAAAAAUUCCAAACGACACGAAGCAAGCUAAUGAAACGCCAGGCGUAAACCAAGAAAGCGGUAAGCUACAGACAAAUAUGAACAAUAGAAAGAAGUGUUGCUCCCCUAAGAAUGCGCAGCUGCUUGGCGAUUACACCAAUAACGAUGACGCGGCUAAGCCGGUUUCGGAACGGCGCGCAAUUCAGAAACCGGACUCCAUCUCAAAAUGUCUAGGAAACAACUAUCUAAAGAUGGAAAGCGGCGUGGUAUCAUCCUCUAAAAAUGUUAAAAAAUCCAAACCAUCCAUCUAUGAAGAUUCCCCCGGCUCUUGCAGCGAAGGGAGGGUGGCUGCUUGCAACGAAACACCCUUGCCAGCGAAUCCCGACACUUCGGCUAAUAAAAAACAAGUCGAUCUCCACCGCUCACGUUCCUGGGAUCAAUCUUCCAAAAAAUCCGCUGACGAUGAUGAGGGUGAAAUAGGAGAGAACAGGCGCGGCAUCCACAGCAAGAUCAACUCUGAAAUUAAUGAGAUUGUAGAAGUCGUGCUGGAAUUUCUGACCAAGAGGAAAGAGAUGUCGGCUCAGAGAUCCCCAGACCUUAACCAAGAGACCUCCAGCGCGUUGAUGGCCAGCUCCUCGCCACUGAAUUCAGCAGAAGCAACGGGAGACCAGCCCAUCCAAAACCCACCCACUGACGCUGCCCAGUUAUCUUCAACGACCAGCAUUGAGAUGGGCCAGGUCGAGACGCCACCACCUCAAGAGAGUGUCCAACAAGCACACAAGUUCGAGAGCAUACGGACGUACUUCGAGAGUCAGGUCAAUCGCCUCGGGGCUUUCGGGAAGGACACAAAGUACUCGGGUUAUUCCCAGCAUAGAAAUUACCUCAAGAAUAUGAAAUCUCCUACGUCUGAGCCGAGGCUGGACACCCUGGACGUUACUAUUGAAAGUUCCGUGGAAAGGAAGCGGUCGGAAACUAGUAGGAAUUCCAAGUCCGCGUGCAUUCAAUCCCCGACUUCCUUGGGUGUCACCUCAACAACAACCUACUCCGAUAAUUACGAAGCGCAAAGCAGGUUACAGAAACUGCGGGCACUCGUUCCUAAUGAACAGGGCGACAAGGUGGAGAUUUUGCAACAACCUAUUCCUUCAGCCAGGAAAUCGCCUAUCGACAAGUCUUUCAUCAAAAGAAGAAUGCGCAUCGGCCAAAUAUUAAAAUCGAAAUUCGAACACAACAUACAUCCGAGAAACUCCAGUUGCGACCGAUCAAGAUCGAAAAGCGCCGUGUACCUCAGUGGGUCGGACACCUCCGUUUCUCAAGCCUCCAGCUCGUUCACACUAAAGUCCAACAAGUCGCACCACAGAGACUCCCGUCACGAAGAGAUCAACAGGGAAAAGGAGAAGAUAUCUUGUCGCUGUGCGGCCAUACACAGCAUUCUCAACGACCUGAAGCACCACAUCCUCCUGGAACGAGUCGGCCAGCAGAUGUACACGCCGACGCAGCUUCCCAACUAUGACGACUUGAGGCUUGAGGAGAGGGAGUUCAACGAGUCGGGAAAAGUGGGGCGGACCGAGUCAUCUUAUUCCAAGGCGUCCACCUCGGACGGCGCGUCCCACUACAGCAAAGAGAAAAAUGACAACAUCCUCACCUCCAGUCGUCCGCUUCCGAAGCCAC